AUGAAGACUGUCAUCGCGGUCCUGGCGGGAGUGGCUGCUCUGGCAACCGCUCAGACAGCUACUACGUCUGAGCCUGCUGUCGCUGACAUUCGUGCGGCUGCAGCAACUACCAAGCCGGAGGUUACUGUCUCCGAUGUCAAGGGUUUGGCUUUUGAUCGUUUCUAUCAAGUCUGGCUGGAGAACACUGAUUACAGUGAUGUUGCUGCCGAUUCUGACAUGCAAUGGCUUGCUUCUCAGGGUAUCUUGCUGACCAACUUCUAUGCUGUCACCCAUCCUUCUGAGCCCAACUACUGCGCUGCCGCUGGUGGUGACACGUUUGGAAUGGAUAACGACGACUUCAAGCAGAUCCCUCUGAACGUUUCCACCAUUGCUGAUCUUCUUGACACCAAGAGCAUCUCGUGGGCUGAAUACCAGGAGCACAUUCCCUAUGCUGGUUUCCAGGGCUUCAACUACUCCAACCAGGCAAAUUACAAACCUGAUUACGUCCGCAAGCACAACCCGAUGGUGCUUUAUGACUCCGUUGUGGCCAACGACAGUCGUACACGUUCUAUCAAGAGCUUUGAUGACUUUGAAAAUGAUCUUCGGGACAAGAAGCUUCCUCAGUGGGCGUUCAUUACUCCUAACAUGACCAACGAUGCCCAUGACACCAACAUCACUUUCGCUGCCAAGUGGGAGCGUCCUUGGGUGACCAAAUUGCUCCAGAACGAGUACUUCUACAACAACACCCUCCUCCUUCUGACCUUCGAUGAAGACGACACUUACACGAACGACAACCGUGUCUUCAGCGUUCUUGUUGGUGGUGCCAUUCCUGAGCACCUCAAGGGUACCAAGGACAAUACCUUCUACACUCACUACUCUAGCAUUGCCAGUAUCUCUGCUAACUGGGGUCUUCCUUCCCUGGGCCGCUGGGAUUGCGGUGCCAAUCUCUUCGAGAUUGUCGCCAACAAGACUGGUUACGUCAACUACGAGGUCGACAAGACCCAUCUCACUCUUAACCAGACUUACCCUGGUCCCAUGUCAGAUGGGGACACGUCCGUUGGCAAUACCUCCACAUUUGUUGCUGAGUGGCCGGUUCCCAUUACCGAUAGCAAUGAAAAGUGCUCCGCCGGUCACGGUAUCCUGGAUUCCGUCAAGAAAGCCUAUGGACACCUGAACGCGUCCUACGAUACCAAGCCGUACCCCUGGAGCGCCAAGUAUCACUACAACGACAAGGUCACUGCCAAGCGCGCAAACGAUACCACGGCCAAGACCAACGCCACAACGGUGGACUCUACUACUGAGAAAAGCACUGGCUUCAUUGCCACGGCUCCCAUCUCGACUGUCAUGGUCGGAGUCCUGCUGGCCAUCGCUGCCUACUCCUUCUGA